AACAAUUCAGAAAGCUCUUGAGGCAUAAACCACCAGUCCAAAACGACGCAAGACAAAAACAAAAUGGGAAAUGAAAGCAGGAACGUGUUGAAGCCGAUGGACUCAGAGCAACUCAGAGAAUACGGACAUCGACUGAUCGAUUUCAUUGCCGAUUAUUACAAAACCAUCGAAAGUUUCCCUGUUCUUAGCCAAGUUCAGCCAGGCUAUCUUCAUAAGCUUUUGCCUGAUAUCGCACCAGACCACCCUGAAACGAUGGACCAAGUUCUUGAUGAUGUUCGGGCGAAGAUAUUGCCUGGAGUUACACAUUGGCAAAGCCCGAGUUUCUUUGCUUAUUACCCUGCCAACAGCAGUGUUGCCGGGUUCUUGGGUGAAAUGUUGAGUGCUGGUCUUGGAAUUAUGGGUUUUAGUUGGAUAACUUCUCCAGCUGCCACCGAGCUUGAGAUGAUCGUUCUUGAUUGGCUUGCAAAACUUCUCAACCUACCCGAGCAGUUUCUAUCCAAAGGAAAUGGAGGUGGAGUAAUACAAGGGUCAAGUAGUGAAGCUAUUCUUGUUGUUCUGAUUGCUGCACGCAACAAGGUUUUAAGAAACGUUAGGCAAAACGCGCUUGAGAAGCUUGUUGUCUACUCCUCUGACCAGACUCAUUCAGCGUUUCAAAAGACCUGCCAGAUCGUUGGAAUCCAUCCUGAGAACUGCAGGGUUCUUGAAACCGACGCAUCUACAAAUUACGCUCUGCGUCCAGGAUUGCUUCAAGAAGCUGUUUCUCAAGAUCUUGAAGCUGGAUUGAUUCCAUUCUUCUUAUGUGCUACUGUUGGAACCACUUCUUCAGCCGCCACUGAUCCAUUGGCUGAAUUGGGAAAGAUCGCUAACAGCAAUGACAUGUGGUUUCACGUAGAUGCAGCUUAUGCUGAAAGUGCUUGUAUAUGUCCAGAGUACCGACAAUACAUCGACGGUGUGGAAACUACAGACUCUUUUAGCAUGAGUGCUCACAAAUGGUUCCUUACUAAUUUCGAUUGUUCACUACUUUGGGUGAAGGAUCAAGAUUCUCUCACUGAAGCUCUUUCAACAAAUCCCGAGUAUCUCAAAAACAAGGCCUCUCAGGCAAACUUGGUUGUUGAUUUCAAAGAUUGGCAAAUCCCUCUAGGACGAAGUUUCAGAUCAUUGAAACUAUGGAUGGUUUUACGGCUCUAUGGAUCUGAGGCCUUGAAGAAUUAUAUAAGAAACCAUAUCAAACUCGCUAAAGAUUUCGAACAACUUGUUUCUGAAGAUCCUAACUUUGAGAUUGUCACACCUCGGAUCUUUUCUCUUGUCUGUUUCCGCCUUGUGCCUGCGAAAAACGAUGAAAAGAAGUGUAAUAACCGAAACCGCAAACUCCUAGACGCAGUGAACUCUUCAGGGAAGCUCUUCAUUUCUCACACGGCUUUGUCGGGAAAAAUCGUACUACGUUGCGCCAUAGGAGCACCAUUGACGGAGGAGAAGCACGUGAAGGAGGCGUGGAAGGUUAUUCAGGAUGAAGCAUCUUUCUUGCUUCACAAGUAAAUAUAAGAUAAUUAAAAAACAAUCUCUGAGUAAUAAAUCGGGUUUUGCCAACAAACCAGAGCAUUUGAGUUGGGUUGGGUUUGGUUUGGUUUAAUCUGAUUUAAUAUUAAAUUUAUAAAAAAAUAAAACAAAACUUGCUAAAGUCAGAGACUUAUCACCUUUGGUUUGAUUUCUGUAAACAAACUUUAGUAAGGUAGUCUUGUGUGAUUGUGUGUAUUUUAUCCUCUUUAUUUAUUGUAUCUUUAUCUAUUUUAUUUGUAUCUAUUGUGGUUAAUGUAAGCAGUGGAAAUAUUGUUAGACGUUUUAUACCA